AUGGGUGCCCCAAGAAAUGAGCCGAGAUACUCGCAACGUGUUCAAGACAAUGGUGUUGACGUCUUCACAGACCCUGUGCGACGUAUUGGGGCUAUGCGUACCAAUAUUUUGGGGGCUGCCCAAGUCACUCAGCACGAUUGGGCUUCUCGGGCCGCUCAGGCAGCUCAAGGGCAUUGCAGGGAUCGCGACGACGGCUCUGUUGAUACGACGUCUUGCACACCGAUGAUCCAAAUCGGAUUAGACGUCGACGCAGACAGCGACGCAAACGAAGAUCUCGGUCGAGACGAAUAUAUCGUUGUCGAUCCCAACGUGCCCGUGGUCCAUUGCCCCGACGGCUAUGUCGACCUUGCUGCAUCGUUGGGCAUCAUUUGUCUGGACGAUGACCGAUCUAUCAAGCCGACGAAGACCAAGUUUGAAACGUACGAUGAUCUCAAGGACCGCGUGCAACUACUUGCCGCUCUCAAUCUUUUUCAAGUCUCGAAGGAGCACCAGUCUUCCAUGCGCAAAAUCAGGUGUCGAAGCGACAAGUGCCAGUUCCUCGUCCAAGCUAACGUGGGCAAGAAAGGCAUCAGCGUGACAUUGGUUUGCUUGGACCAUAACCACAGCCUGCCGCAUUCAACACCGAUGCCACCAGGGUCUCGAAACACGACGGUCUCCACCGACAUGCUUGUGAAGUUCGCUAAUGAGCUCGAUAUUGGUCAUACUUUGGUUCGCGAAGAGCUCAUUCGGGCUGUGCGUGACAAGUUCGGCAUUUCCAUCUCGUCGUCACGUGUGACCCUCGUAAAGAAGGUCACGAAGAAGCGCCAACUAGUCACGAUCAAGGACCAGUUCGCCAAACUCGAGUCCUACCUUGAGAAGUUGGUCGAAGCCAACCCAGGGAUGUACGCGGCUUUUACGAAGACGGGGUCGUCUUUCCAUGGAGCAUUCUGCGUGCCUGCCUGUUUCCGCAAAGACGCCAAGUCGUUUCUUCUACCCAUCGUUUUCCUCGACGCAUGCCACAUGAAAGACGACAUGCACGAAGUCGGCACAUUGCUUUCGGCAACGUCGAAAGACGGCAACGGCAACAUCGUACCGAUCGCCUUCGCCCUCGUCCAAGGCGAACUCGUCGAUACAUGGGACUGGUUUUGUGCACACUUGGCACUAGCAUCCAGUUACCCACGAUUCGUAGCCGUAGCCGACUACAUGUCCAACAUACCAGUGGAACACUGGGUGACAUACACCUUCAUACCAGUGGAACACUGGGUGACAUACACCUUCAUUAGACAGGGCAUUCCUACUUUCGACGCAACGACGUCAAACGUCGCCGAGUCUUCCAACAAUUGGCUCGGAGCCGAUCUGCGCAGCAGUGAUCCGGUCGGGGUAUUCUGCUUCUACCUCAACCGCCUGAACAAGACUUUCAACGACCGACUCGACAUGCACUCGAAGAGCUCAGAUAUUCUCACGAACAAAGAGGCCAAGGCCUUCGAGGCCCUCUCGAUUGAAGCUCGCAAAUGCACGGUCACGGACCUUCGCACGAACCACAGCUUCACCGUCCUGCACUCAAAGCACAGGACACCCGACAAGGCACGUUUCGUCAACGUCACAGCGAAGACUUGCCAAUGCGGUGCCUGGCAAGACCACCUGAAGCCGUGCAUGCACGCCAUCGCCGUCGCGAUGUAUAUUGGUGCCGAGCCACUCACGUGGUAUCACACCGCCUACAGCCGCAAAGCAUGCAUCUCCCUGUACAGCAACCCGCUUGUUCCUCUCCCACCUCAAGCGCUCUCUAUGGACGACGACAUGAUCGUCGAAAGCUACGACAAGCAAAUUAAAAAGAGGGGCGCCAAAGGCGGCAAAAGGCGAAGAAGCCAGUUCAUGCAAUAA